AUCUUGCCGCUUCCUGUUUGUUGUCACACAUGUCAAACUGUGUCCAUCAAGACGGCACAGAGUGAAAGUGACGCCCGACGAGGGAGCGCACAGGGCGGGCAGGGCGGCGAUGUGAGGACCGGGACGCUUAAAUCUUGUAUCUGUAAGAAUGGUCGCUCCGGUGAUAACGGAACUGGCGUGUUUCCCCACUGGCUUGACUGGUUCCUGACCCAUAUUCCCGGAGAAAAUCGUUUUGAAUAUCGCUCAGGAGGAAUCUGCUCUCUGUGGAGGGUUGGUGGUGCGCGCACAGCUCCAGGAGCAGCGGAGGGGUCGUUGCAUCCAUCCUCCUCAGUCAGUGCUCCUCUCUCCGUGCCUCAGAGCCUCAGUGACCGCUCGACGUCUGCGGGAUUCCCUGCAAUGAAACCGCAGUAAUCCAACCUGUGUUUUCCCUUUUUCUUUUCUUUUCGAUAUUUACUUCCCAUCGAGGCAGGAGAAGAAGAAAAACCAAGCCCCGGCUGCAAGUUUGCGUGUGUGCGCCAGACUGGAGGAGGGAGGGAAGCGAUGGCAAACCCGGUGAAAGCAGCGUUGGCUCUCCUGGUUCUCAGUGUGUCAGCUGCCUUGUGUGCGGAGGUGGAGGAGCGGCUGGUGAGUCACCUGUUGUCGCCGGAGCGCUACAACAAGCUGAUCAGACCAGCUGUCAACAACAGUCAGCAGGUCACCAUUUACAUCCAAGUGUCUCUCGCCCAGCUGAUCAAUGUGAAUGAGAGGGAGCAGAUCAUGACCACAAACUGUUGGCUCACUCAGGUAUGGAAUGACUACAGAUUAAUGUGGGACCCCGAAGAGUACGAGGGCAUCAAGAAAAUCCGCCUCCCGUCACAAAACAUCUGGCUGCCAGACAUCGUCCUCUACAACAAUGCCGAUGGGACCUAUGAAGUCUCCUUCUACUCUAAUGCUGUGGUUUCCAACAACGGGGAGGUAGCCUGGCUUCCACCAGCCAUCUACAAGUCUGCUUGUAAAAUUGAAGUCCGUGACUUCCCCUUCGACCAGCAGAACUGCACCCUUAAGUUUCGCUCUUGGACCUACGACCACACGGAGAUCGACCUCAUCCUUCUCAGUGACUUUGCCUCACGUGACGACUUCAAACCCAGUGGCGAGUGGGAUAUUGUUUCAUUGCCCGGACGAAAGAAUGAAGACCCUAAUGACAUCAGGUACCUGGACAUCACCUAUGACUUUAUUAUCAAGAGAAAACCUCUGUUCUACACCAUCAACCUGAUCAUUCCCUGCAUCCUGAUAACAUCCCUGGCCAUUCUGGUGUUCUACCUCCCGUCAGACUGUGGUGAGAAGAUGACUCUCUGUAUCUCUGUCCUUCUGGCCCUCACUGUGUUCUUACUCCUGAUCUCAAAGAUUGUACCACCUACGUCUUUAGCAGUGCCUCUUAUCGGGAAGUACCUAAUGUUUUCGAUGGUGCUGGUCACCUUCUCCAUUGUAACCAGCGUUUGCGUGCUCAAUGUACACCACCGGGCCCCCAGUACGCACACCAUGCCUCCCUGGGUCAAGCGUGUCUUCUUAUACCAGCUCCCCUCUUACCUCUUCAUGCGGAGACCUGGUAGCUCCAACAUUCGCGAGAAGUUCCGGAAAAAACACCAGCAGCGAUCGUACUCUGACCAGAAGAUGCGUGGAGCAGACGGAGGGACAGGAAGCACCGUGGGAAUGGCAGAUUCCUCCUCGUCCUUCUUUGUCAAUGAGGAUUCAGCCAAACACUACGGCUGGAAGGUCAGCGACUUGUCAGAGAACACAGAGUUCAGAAAGAGGAUGACUCUCAAGUCUAACAUUGAUGUGGAGGAUGCAGUGGAUGGAGUGAGAUACAUCGCUGAGAAGAUGAAGAGCGAGGAUGAUGAUGAAGGGAUCAUUGAAGACUGGAAGUAUGUGGCCAUGGUGAUCGAUCGUCUCUUCUUGUGGAUCUUUGUGUGUGUGUGCGUGGUCGGGACGCUCGGCCUCUUCAUGCAGCCUCUGUUCCAGAGUUACAACAUCCCCAUUGUUGAUGACGUCGACCAUAACUGAAACUUUUGAUCCCAACAUGACCCGGACAGGAACCUUGAGUCCCCCUCCCCUGCCCCACCCCCUUGAAACAGAACUCUGAUAACAUUUUAACACAAGCUCACACGUCCGCCUCACAUGCCACUCUCACUGGGAAAUGAUUAUGAUGCACUUUAGCCCUCAACCACCACCUCCAUCCCCUGCCCCAUUCAUCCUGCAUCAUCAUCAUGACUCAUCUGUCAUUCACAGAGGAACUAUAUCUAUUUAUUUCAGAUAACUUAAAGGAUCAUUCUGUUUUAUAACAAACACAUUUUCAUAGUUGUUGGCCAUUGUUCAGUAGACAUAAUCAUGAUCUCAAGUUAAAAUAAACCAGAAUUAUCUUUUAAUUCAAAAUGUGAAAUGAAUCCACCUUUCAGCCAUGAUGCUGUUGCUUGGGGGAUAAAUAUAUAUCAGCCUUUUCCAGUGUCACCCUGUCACAUAUCAGAGCUUUAUCUUUCCAACAGCAACUCAGGACUUUUUUUCUGUUUAGAACAGACUUGUUUUGCACUUUUGUCCUGAACCAUCUCUCUGUAUCUAAAUCAAAUGGCCCUACAGGACACUAUGGGGCCAGCAUGCAUACGACACUGUUUACUUGUUAUAAUUUCUGUAUCUAAACUUGGAGAGAACAUGCCCAAAGACGGACAAAGCCUCAGAGAGCCUCUGCAGAUAAGGGCCUCACAUCGAGGAACAUCAAGAGUUCCUACUAUGUACCGUGCAUAGAAGAUCAGCUCUAGUUUCCCUCAGCCUAAAGCACACAUACUGUAUGAAUUUCUUAUAUUUGCCUUGAAAAUUAGGACACAAUACAGCAAACUGUUGGACUGUUUACACCUCACUGUCAGCCUGGUGAGACAACCUGAUCAAAUCCAUGUCAAAGUGUUGAUAUGUGUAAAACGGAGGGGGGUUAUUACAAUGUAGAGAUAUACAAUACAAAACUGAAAACCAAUGGCCAUAAGGCUGUUGUUGCUCACCAUGCCUUUUUGGAUAAAGGUACAGUGUUCGCUCGAGUCAUCAAAGCCAUGCUCGUCAGUAUCCUUCACCAAGGAAACCAGCAGCAAUAAUAUUGUACAGUAUUUUAUACACUGACCUUGAGCAAAUUAACCAACAAGUCUGACUCUUCACUUGCUCUCUCUUCAUCAUACUGUACUUGUUAUUAUCGAAGCCUGUUAUCAGAAACAUUACUUGAAUCUGUGCUCUAUGAUUAUUUGUACUAUAACUGGUCUCCGGAGCGGCGAAGGGGACAUGGGCAAAAAAAAAAAAAAAGUUUCCCCCUGCAACCUCCUCGGGUUGAGUUACUAAUUACUAAUGAUAAAAAAUCCUCAAAAUUAUGCUAAAUCAUAUUUUUCUAAAAUGUGUGUGCAUGCAAUACUUUCUGGAAGGAAACUUUUAUGAAUUUUUUUAUGCCCAUGUUUCCUCAGGGGCUCCGUACUGGUCACCAUCAUAACGCACUUGCUGUCACUGCUUCCAAUUUAAGCCAAGGAAAAGGUGAACUAAUCCAGCAGCAUUUUUUUUCCAGGAAAUUCAACUAAACAUAAUUUUGUUUCCUCAAAAUGGCCAAUAAUGUUGCGUGACUGGUUGAAUUUUGUCUGUCCUGACAGUAUAUAAAGAUGGACAGCAUGACUCCCCAAAAGUGAAGUCAAACUCUCAAUCCCACCCUCCUGGUGGUUUAGCUGCAAUAUAAGUCAUAAGCCCCCCCUCCUUCAUGUUGGUGAGGAGGACAUGGACCAAACCGUUUCUCAAAGAUGGUUUCUGUCAUUUUAGGCAGUUAUUGCGAUGUUUGUUCAAGUGUUCAUGUUUCCAGUAAGUCUGGUUUUAAUUAGUUAGUUGAUGCUACAAUGGGGUCAAACAUCAGGAUUGACAGCUGAGCCUUACUCACGAUUGGUCGAGCACGUGUAUCGGUGGGACCUCUAGCGCGGCUCCAUCCCCUAAUUACUACUGUGCAGACUCUGGCUCCAAAUGGUGCCAGAUGGCUGCAUUCCUGUCCAGCAUUCGUAUCUGGGAAUGUUUGGCUUCAUUUCUGCAUUGUGUAGACAUGUCAUCCAUCUUUAUAUACAGUGUAUGGUCUUGACAAAAAAUACAAAGAAUUACAAGAAGGAACUGUGAUGGAAUGUGAUGUCUUGCUAUCUAGAUCAAUAAAGGGAAACGAAAGCAACAAGCAAACCUGA